AUGGUCACCAAAACAGUAGUAAUCUCCAACAUCUACAGCCUGAACACCACUGAUGAUCUGAGUCCUGCAGUGUUGAACUCACAGGACUAUAAACCUUCUCAGUUCACUGGAGGAUCAGCUGACGAUGCAAAGCCUCCUCUCUAUGGAAAUGAUUUCUCUGCUCUCAACAGACUGAAGGCAACUGACUUUUCAGUGGAUAGAUGCUUGUUCGCAGUGCAGGAGGUUUUUGUACGGCCACUUAAUGAGUUUGUAUCACUGUGGUACACUUUUGGUGGAGGAACCAAACUCAUCAUUAACUCUGGCCCCACGGUCAGGCCCUCAGUCUCUCUGCUUCCCCCCUCCUCUCAGCAGCUCUCUGGGGGCUCGGCCACGCUGGCCUGCCUGCUGACCGGCUACUCUCCUCAGGGAGCCGUGGUGAGCUGGGAGGUGGACGGUAGAGAGGUGACAGAGGGGGUCCUGAGCAGCUCAGAGGAGGAGAAGAGCGGACGCUACAGCAGCAGCAGCAUCCUGAGCCUGAGCCAGGAGCGCUGGAUGGAAGGAGAGCUGUACUCCUGCAAGGUCCUCCAUCAGGACCACAGCCAGACCCAGUCCCUCCACAGGAGCCAGUGUAAGGGCUAGAGGGGCUGGCUGAAGCCCAGGACAGGAGCUGUGUCUGGGGGGAGCAGGAGGAACACACCUGCUCAUCUGAUCAAUAUGAGUUUUAAUGUCUGUAGAGUAAACUGAAGCUUUGUGUGACAGAGAACAACAACAACUUAGAGAGUAAUGUGUGUAGCUCAGCAGCUAGAUGUGAGUGUGCUUAAUAACUGUCCUGUUGAUGAUUGAUGUUUUUGCUAAUAAAGCUUGCACUGAUGAAAGAAAACAUUAUAAA